AUGUGUCUUGUCGUUUCGUGUUGUAUUGUAUUGUAUUGUAUUGUAUUAUGUUGUGUUGUGUCGUAUUGUAUUGUGUUGUUGUAUUGUAUUAUGUUGUGUUGUGUCGUAUUGUAUUGUAUUGUAUUGUAUUGUAUUGUAUUGUGUUGUGUUGUAUUGUAUUGUGUCUUAUUGUAUUGUAUUGUGUUGUGUUGUAUUAUAUUGUGUCAUAUUGUAUUACUUGAAGCACAGAACACCUCACGUCCACUGAAGACCCCACCCCCACCUCAUGACCAGGCUCUGUGUCUGUCUGCAGCCAAUGACUGCGCAGAGGAGCUCAAAGACCUCUCCACGGACAUCUUUAACACUCCUAUGAGCCAGGCCAAAGAAAUCUGCUCCCACCUCCUUUAA